ACGGCGGGGAAAGUAAGAGAACUCAGCGAUCGAGACGAUUUUCAAUAUCAACUCUCUUUAAAAAGGCCAAGAUCGUCAAAGUCCCGGCUUUCUCAGGAGCGGUUCAGUGGAUCCAUCUCCCAUUUGCCCCGCCAUUAGGCUAACAACGUCAUCCAACCAUAUGAGCAUCACAAGACAAAAGGUAUAACAAUUGAAAGGAACAAUCGUGCGUUAUCCUUUCAACUGCAGAAAUGGGAGACCACACGGAGAAACACAUACAUUUUGAGGAUGGGCGCAAUCGUGAAUACGAUGGGAGUUCUGACGAGGACUGCAAGGCAGUAGAGGUUCGUUCAUACUGUCGCCAAUACCAGAUGACAACCAAGAAUGGUGCGACUGAUCUAAUCGCCUAUACAGGUCGUCUUCGAUCCCGGAAACCCCUAUCGUCGCAAAAGCUCAAUGGUUGCCUCAGAGAUCAAAGCGCCCGUGAUGCGCCAUCCUUCGCGACGUGACGAGUGCCUUGUCCACCAGUUUCUCGACAGUCAGCGACGCGCAAAAGAUGCUGCCAGCUCAGCCAGCGAGCCAGAGUCGGAACACUCCAUAGGAAAUAACCCUCCGUCAUAUUUAAGCAACAAUCCAAAUCCUAGCCAUGCCACUUUUCACAAGGCUCUCAAUGGCGAUCACAUCGAAGCUGUUCGCAACGACAGCCUCGACUCGAUUGUUGACCCCAAAUAUCAGAAGAAGUGUCGCGCUGUUGUUGAGCCUGGCGGUAUGGAACACUCAGGCCAAGCUGAUCAGCAGGCCUGGACGCAGCAGAUGACCAAAAGCAUGUCCGAGGUUGACCUUUCAGGUUAUCAGGACGACGUGCGAAGUCGCCUUCUAACCAAGCAGCAGCUGAGUGAUAUGGCCUGGGGUGUACGUGAACUAAGUCGCCGACUGAGUAGCAUGCGCCUUCGGUUCAAGGUCAAGAGCAUAUUCAUCCUCACAAAGAUAUACGACCAAGACUUGAUCCCAAAAACACGAGAAUUGGUCAAGUGGCUCCUACAACAUAAUCACGAGGUCGCCUACAUCGUCUAUGUUCAAGACAAGCUCAAAACAAACAAGAAGUUCGAUGUCAGUGGGAUCAUUGAUGAGGUGAGCAAGGGAUACCUUGAUACAGGGGACAUGAACGAGCAGACUGUCAAAGAAACGCUGAACAGGCGACUCCGAUAUUGGGACGAGAACAUGUGCAGAACACGCCCUCAUACUUUUGACUUUGUUAUCUCACUUGGUGGCGAUGGUACAGUGUUAUAUGCCAGCUGGCUCUUCCAGCGCAUCGUACCACCUGUAUUGAGUUUUGCACUAGGAAGCCUGGGUUUCUUGACUAAAUUUGACUUCGAGGACUAUCAGCAGACACUCUUAACGGCCUUCACCAAGGGCGUCACAGUUAGCCUGAGGCUUCGUUUCGAAGGCACUGUCAUGAGGAGUCAGCCACGCAAGAGAGCUCAGCUUAGUAAGGGCUCUGAGGAGGACGAGGAGCCGUCCCGAGACUUGGUGGAGGAGCUUAUAGGUGAGGAGAGGGAAGAUGAGCACACGCAUCGGCCGGAUGGGACGUUUGAGAUUCUGAAUGAGGUGGUAGUGGACAGAGGACCAAACCCAACAAUGUCAACUACCGAGAUAUUUGGUGACGAUGAGCACUUCACCUCGGUCUUGGCCGACGGUAUCUGCGUAUCGACACCCACAGGCUCAACGGCAUAUAAUCUCGCCGCCGGGGGCUCCUUGUGCCACCCCGAGAACCCUGUGAUGCUGGUCACGUCUAUAUGCGCGCACACCCUGUCAUUCAGGCCUAUUAUCCUUCCUGACACGAUUGUGCUACGGGUCGGUGUUCCAUAUAGCGCACGAACGGCUUCAUGGGCGAGCUUCGAUGGCCGAGAACGUGUCGAGCUCAAGCCGGGAGAUUACGUGACCAUCAGCGCCAGUAGGUUUCCGUUUGCCUCGGUGCAAGCCCAGGGACGGAGGAGUGAAGAUUGGGUGAACAGUAUCAGUGGAAAGUUGGGAUGGAACACCAGACAAAAGCAGAAGAGCUAUAAGGAGUGGGAGAAAUGAGAUGAUGUGUAACGAUUUAGUACGGACUAGAAUCAUAUAUGUGAAGGAUAGCAUUUCUAAUGGCGGAUUUUUAGGUUUGGCGUUCCCAUUGUACUAUUUGAGCUGAGGAACAUGUCUCGUCGUCACUAUAAAGGGUGCUAUGCUCGUGUAAAUAUCCACUUUUCCGGAAAGGUUUCGAGUUGCUUGGUUGGACGUGGCAUAGGGGCUUCGCUAUGUGUAAAUCGAUAUAGUACGUACGAAUUCAAUGAGAGGUAUCACUAAUAUUGCGUGAGGCGAGAAAAAACGGUCACGUAAUUAUUACCCAGGCGAUAGAGGACGAACAAUGUUGAGGAACUUACGAUGACCUGACCAUAAGCUUUACGGUUCUUACGACG